UGUGAUUGAAAUCCAAAUUUAAUGACUAUUUUACGGCUCUCUUGCCGUAUUUGCGAAUUGUGAAAUUUUCCUUCAAACGUAAAGUAAACAUUGAUUCUUCCUAGUUUUUGCUUUCGCGGCUGCGAUCGGAAAGACACCGCGUGAGCCCGGGAAAUUGGUUAGGCUCUGUUGUACAUAUUUAUUUUAGUCUGCUGGAAACCUUCGCCCGGUAUCAUUGGAUGCUCGUCUGUACACUCAAAACAACACAUCCGACAGCUAAGCCGAUGGCUUAUUAUUUAAAUGAUGUCCACACAAAAUCGUUCACCCCUCGAGAGUACCAGGUGGAACUUCUGGAUAAUGCUCAAGAUCGUAACAUUAUCAUCUGCCUUGGGACCGGGACCGCCAAAGUGUUUAUUGCCUCCAAACUUAUAGUAGAAUGUGCCAUCCAGAUUCGCAAAAAACAAAAAUGUACCAUAUACUUGGCCCACACACCUUCAGUUGUGACAUUUAUGGCAUCAUACUUGCAAUACCUUACUGAUCUUUCAGUACAAUGGUUUACUGAAUGGGAACCUACCACAUUUCAGCAACAAACUUCUAAUAAACAGGUUUUAGUGAUGACACCUGAAAUAUGUGCCAAUGCUGUGAAUAUAGGCGUUUUGGACCUUGCAACUGUGAAUUUGCUUAUAAUAGACCAAUGCCAGUUAGUUGUGCAGGCCAAUAAUCCAUUACAACAGGUAAUGAAGGCAUAUAUGGAAUUGAAUGAAAGCAAACCAAGAAUAUUAGGAUUUACACCACAACUCUUUAGCUCAGGAUGUAAUCCUAGUAAGCUGGAAUGGGAAAUGAAUCGCUUAGAAACUGCGUUACACUCAUCUGCUGAAACUGCGAGUGAAAUAGUUUCCCUCUUGAGGUUCAGCACUCAUCCUACUGAACGGGUGUUGGAAUGUGCUCUUCAUGAACCCGGAGAUGUUGAUAGUCAACUUUCUCAGCAAAUUGAAGAAGCCCUCUUUUUUCUCAAUGAUCAUAGGUAUGAUCCUUUUGAGAUUUAUGAUGAAGAAUUUCGAGAAGACUUGCUAGGGGUACCAGACCCUAAGAUAGACCCAUUAAGUAUAAUGAAGGAGUUUCUAGAAAUUUUGAGGACUUUGGGACCAUAUUGUGCCGAUCGAGCAGCUUUAAUCUACCUUGUUCAAAUUGAGAAAUUGAAAGUUAAAACUCCAUAUGAACGUCAUUAUCUGUUAUUGUGUAUGGUUUCAUCUGUAAUGAUAAAAAUAAGAGCUAUUUGUGAGUAUGAAUUUCAACGACAUGAUGACCAAGAUAAAAUUUAUAAGUUUUGCUCACCUAAGGUGGUGAGGCUUCUAGAGGUGCUAAAGCAGUUUAGACCACCUCAGGCGGAAGUUGAAGACGCUGGAGCACCUCCUGAAGGUGCUGCCCAGAAAAAUAAAGCGAUGGAAGCCACAUCAACACAAGAGAAGAGCCCAACAGAUAACUCAGAUUCAGCUGCUCAAGCUGGAACUUCAUCAGAUGAGAAACCCUCACCACCAGAAGAACCUAGAAUGCUAGAAGAAGUUAAACCUUCAGAAGAAACUAAACCUUCAGAAGAAAGUAAACCUCCUUUGGAAUCUGAACCAAAAGCAGAAAUGAAGGAAGUACCACCAGAAGUUAAUGUCAUCCCCAAGCAACCUGUCAGAGCAUCAACACGCCCUUUACGGGGAAGAGGCCGAGGCCGAGGAUCAAGGUAUCCUCGUAAAGGAAAUGCAGAUGGAUCCAGAAGGGGGACUUUUGAUCCAAUGGACCCUGACAUUCUGUGUGGAAUAAUAUUUGUUCGGAGUCAUCUGACAGCUAAAAUUCUUUUUUACCUGCUAAAUGAAGUACGGAGGCAUGAUGAUAAAUUGAACUAUCUAGGAGUUCAGUACACAGUAGAGAAAACUGCUGAUCCUGUGACGGAGCCAAGAGAUGCUGAGCAGGAACAUCGUAAACAAGAAGAGGUGUUGAAAAGGUUUCGCAUGCAUGAAUGUAAUCUACUCAUCGCCACAUCAGUCCUGGAGGAGGGCAUGGAGCUACCAAGGUGUAACCUGGUAGUACGCUUUGAUGAACCUCAGUCAUACAGAUCAUAUGUUCACUGUAAGGGACGUGCAAGGGCAGCCGAUGCUCAUUUCGUAUUGCUGAUUGAGAAAGGCAACUCGCAGUUGUUUGUUCGUCAACUUGCAGAGUUUAUGGGUAUUGAACAGGUGUUGUUGAAAAAGUGUAUGAAUCGUGAGUCUUCGUCUGAGGAAGAAAAAGAAGCUGAUUUAUACACUUCAGUUGUGGAAACUUUUUCUCCCUCUGGUUCAACAGAAAAAAAUUCAUGUGCUACUCUUGCUAAUGCUAUAUCUCUCAUAAAUCGGUAUUGUGCCAAAUUGCCUAGUGACACAUUUACCAAACUCACCCCCUUGUAUACCAUAAACCAAAGUUUUGCUAAUGAUGGAACAAAAUUAUAUAGCUGCACAUUACGACUGCCAAUAAAUUCUCCAGUGAAGCAGAACAUCACGGGUCCAGCAGUACCGAAUAAGAUAUUGUCCCAGCGCUUGACAGCUCUGAAGACUGUGCGAGUUCUCCAUGCAGCUUUGGAACUUGAUGAUAACUUGAUGCCAAUUGGAAAGGAAAGUUUCCGACUGACUAAUGAUGAGGCCAAUGGAGGUAUUGUUUUGGCACCAGAAGAAAUUGAAGAAGCUUCAAUUUCAUGGGAUUCGAAUGAACCUCGUCCAGGCACAACCAAACGUCGGCAGUAUUAUUACAAAAGGGUUGCAGAAGCGCUUAGUGAUUGUAGGCCUGUGGCAGGAUCAAAAGCAUUGCUUUACAAUGUUAGUAUGGUUUUGACUUGUCCAUUGCCAGAUGAACAGAAUACUAGAGGACGGUCUAUUUAUGCACCUGAGGAUAGUCCCCAAGGGUUUGGUAUUUUAACUCUGAAACCUAUUCCCAAGGUUUGUCCCUUCCCUAUUUUCACCCGAUCUGGGGAAGUUUCUGUCAGUCUUGAACUCAACCCAGAGCCAGUGGAAUUAACUGACAUUCAUGUUGAGAAAAUCAUCACAUUUCUUAACUACACAUUUACAAAUGUACUGCGCCUUCAAAAAUAUUUGAUGAUGUUUGAUCCAAAUGCAGCAGAAAAUAGUUUUUUCAUCGUGCCAACGCGGAAGGCAACAAAGGAGUCAACAGCUGUUGUAGACUGGGAGUUCUUGGACCGCAUUUAUGACAGAAGAAAUCUGAGUCCAAAACCUGUGUCAGAGGAAAACCGCAAAGAUUUUAUGUUUGAGGCCUUCAAAUAUCAAGAUGCAGUUGUUAUGCCUUGGUACCGCAACCAAGAUCAACCCCAGUACUUCUAUGUAGCUGAAAUUUGUUACCAGCUCAAUCCUAAGUCAUCAUUUCCAAGUUCUGAAAAUUAUCAUUCUUUUGAAAACUAUUAUUACAAGAAAUAUGGACUAACCAUUCAGAAUCGAGAACAGCCUCUUUUAGAUGUUGACCAUACAUCAGCAAGAUUAAACUUCUUGACUCCCAGAUAUGUAAACAGGAAAGGUGUUGCUCUGCCCACUAGCAGUGAAGAAACCAAACGGGCUAAACGAGAAAAUCUAGAACAGAAGCAGAUUUUGGUUCCUGAACUGUGCACAGUCCAUCCUUUCCCUGCCUCCCUAUGGCGCAAAGCAGUGUGCUUACCAUGUAUUUUAUACAGGAUUAACGCUUUACUUUUAGCUGACCAACUGCGUCGUCAAGUUGCACUUGAUAUUGGUUUAGGUUCUAUGGAGCUGCCCUCAGGUUUUGAGUGGAGACCUUUGAACUUUGGGUGGACACUUGCUGAUGUCUUGAAAAAAUCUAGAGAAAUCAAAGCAAGAGAGGAAUCUGUUAAAGACAAAGACACAGAUACAGAUAACAGCCAGGAAUGUUCUGUCAAACUUCCAUUAGAUACUGAAAACCCUCCAGAAAAGAUGCCAAAACCAGAUAAAGGUGGAACUCCAGAAGGAAGUGAGGAAGAAAAGAAGAAAAUGGAAAGUCCUUGGAUUGAUAUUGGAACCUGGUCCAACGAAAUGGCUUCAAAUCCUUCAGAACCAGACAUUGACUAUUUUGACCCAAAUGCGGCUCUGCCUGGUAACGUGACAAUGCUGCAAAACAUGCCAGACUUGGGUGGUAGUGGCUGGGGAACUAGUGCACCAGGGACUGGCUGGGGAUCACCCAUUCCAACCAAUCAGGACGAACCAGAGCAAGUGCGAACUCGAGGAGCAAGCAAUGCUCGCUUCAGCUCUUCUGCUAACUGGAUGCCUUCCCAUCAGUCCAGAACCAUAUUUCAACCUGAGCCUUGUGCUGCCCCUGACUCGGACUCGUACAGUGACCUUACAGAUGAUGACGAAGAUGAUGAUGAUGGCAGCAGCUAUGAUGGAGGAGGAGGUGGUGGACUGCGUAUUGAGUACCAGCCUGACAAUACAGCUGAGGCAGUUGAAGAUGAGGGGAGAGAAGGAAACUCCAAACUGUCCAUCUUCCAGAUCCUGGAAGAAGAGCCUUGGGACUGGCAUGAAACUGGAGAUAAAUGCCCAGAUGAAAGCACUUUAAAAAAGUUUGAGCAAAUCAUUGAGAAAAAUAUUAAUACUAUUUAUUCUGAUGGGCGCUAUGUGCCAAGUGAUAAACCCUACAUUCUGGUUAAAGCAAGCUCUGACCAAAAUGCUAAUGUCCAAAAUGACACUUGUGAUAAGAAACUUCCAGCACUUGAAUACAUAAUGAAUAGUAAUAUGAAUGACCUUGAGACUAGCCCUCCACCGUCUGCUUUCAACUCUUUGUCAGGAUUCCCUCAACCGGAUGAUGACGACCUUGGUAUAAAGUUCAGCUUUGAUUUCCAGCCAGAUCUAAGUGGGCACUCUGGUCCUUCUCCUGCAGUACUUUUGCAGGCACUCACUAUGUCCAAUGCAAAUGAUGGUAUUAAUUUGGAACGGCUGGAAACAAUUGGGGAUUCUUUCCUGAAGUAUGCAAUCACAACUUACCUUUAUUGUACUUAUGAUCGAAUACAUGAAGGCAAAUUAAGUCAUUUACGUUCCAAACAAGUGAGCAACCUCAAUUUGUACCGUUUAGGCAGGCGGAAAGUCUUUGGUGAAAGCAUGAUUGCAACAAAGUUUGAACCUCAUGACAACUGGCUACCACCUUGUUAUUAUGUGCCUCGUGACCUAGAAAAAGCUCUCAUUCAAGCAGGAUUGCCAGCCUGUCACUGGAACUCGGCAGAUUUGCCGUCACUGAGGAACUUGACAUUGGAAGAAAUACAACAAAAAGUGAAUGAAAGAAAAGAAACCCUCAAACUGGCUAACAUCAGUGCUGAUGCUGAUUCAGAUGAUGAUGAUGUGCCUCUGUCUGCUGCUUUGCAACACAAAAAAUUGGUGCAGUUUCAGCAGCAGCAGCAAUUGAAGUUGCUUCAACAGCAAAAGGAAGCCAGAAUGAAGCAAACUGUGAAAGGAACAGUUAAGGGAAAUGGCAAUGAUUCUAGCAGUUCUGCAGGAGGGGAAGGCAGUGAAGAAGCAGCAAAAGACACAGAUGGUGAAAUGCAUUUAGAUGCUGACCCACUGGCACUCCUUGACUCAAUGCCCUGCUUUAUUCCCUAUAAUCUCAUCACUCAACAUAGCAUUCCUGAUAAAAGCAUAGCAGAUUGUGUAGAAGCCCUCAUUGGAGCUUACCUCAUAUCAUGUGGCCCCAGAGGAGCGCUUUUGUUUAUGGCCUGGUUGGGAAUUAAAGUUCUACCUCAAGAAGAACCUAUUUCCCAAGAUGGUCAUGUUAAGACGCAAUAUGGCUUUCUAAAACCACCCAAAUCGCCUUUAUUAAGGCAUGUGCCAGAUCCUGAAGGCCAACUGACAAUCCUACUGGACGGUUUUGAAAAGUUUGAAGACAAAAUUCACUAUAGAUUCAGAGACCGCAGUUAUCUUUUGCAGGCUCUGACCCAUGCCUCAUACUCUCCCAAUCAGCUUACAGACUGCUAUCAACGCCUUGAGUUCCUUGGAGAUGCUGUCCUGGAUUAUUUAAUCACUAGACACCUUUAUGAAGACUGGCGUCAACAUUCUCCUGGUGCUCUCACAGAUCUCCGAUCAGCUCUUGUUAAUAACACAAUAUUUGCAUCAUUAGCUGUCAAGUUUGGUUUCCACAAGUAUUUCCGCCAUUUGUCACCAGGAUUAAAUGAAGUUGUUGAUAGAUUUGUGCGAAUCCAAGAAGAAAAUGGACAUGCAAUAAGUGAAGAGUAUUAUCUCAUUGAAGAGGAGGAGUGUGAAGAAGCUGAGGAUAUUGAAGUUCCUAAAGCCUUAGGAGAUGUCUUCGAAUCUGUAGCUGGAGCCAUUUUCUUAGACAGUGGUAUGUCUCUGGAUGCUGUUUGGAGAGUCUAUUAUCGCAUGAUGCGUGCAGAAAUAGAGCAAUUCAGUACUAAUGUCCCCAAGUCUCCCAUUCGUGAGCUUCUUGAAAUGGAACCUGAAACUGCAAAGUUUGGUAAACCCGAAAAGCUCGCUGAUGGGCGCAGAGUUCGAGUCACAGUUGAAGUUUUCAGCAAAGGCACAUUCAAAGGCAUUGGAAGAAACUAUCGCAUUGCUAAAUGUACUGCUGCUAAAUGUGCAUUGAAGCAAUUGAAAAAACGUGAACUGAUGCGCAACAAGUGAACCGUACAAGUUUUGGGACCUUCACAUUACAUCACAUAGUUUCCAUUGUUUUAUCAAGGGAAGGAAACAGCAAUUUAUAGGAUUUACAUAUUGGUACUAGCUUUUUAGUGUCUUUAUAUUCAUUUUUUCACUUUGGGGUCACAUACUCCCAUUUUAUGCUUUAUUUAAAUCAAGUUGGCUGAAUUUAUAAAUAAUGUUCUUGUGUGAGUUACCGAAAUUGAUGUUGUUACAACAACCAAUUUGUUUGUUUUUGUACUGCAUGGUUUCCAUUCAGCCAACUGAAAACUCAAAGUUUUAUUAUUUUGUUGGUUUGUUUUUAUUUUACAGAUCAUAUCUUUUUUUGCACAUAUUUUAUUUUUUUGAAAUCAAGAGGUGAUGUGUGUUUGUUUUUGUCUCAAGUACACAUUUUUGUUGUAAGUUAUUACUGUUUAAUGUGUUAAACUAAGACUAAUUGUAAGCCACACUCUCGACUAUUUACAUCUGUUUAUGUGAUUUUAUGUAUCUAGCCUUGAUAUUGGUUGCAUUGGUCCAAAGUUGUGAUGUUUUUAUGUCGUGGGAUAAGUUCUUAAAAUGAUGUUGUUACUCACAGAAUUACUUGUAACACCUUCAAUUUUAUGGAUUUCAGACACAUCAAACCAGUCAUUAACUCUUGCAGCUAAAUUUCCAUGCCAUUCAACUAAUAUACUUAAGCAUUAUAUGCAUUUUCUGUGAUAUUAAAAAUGAAUUUGUAUGUUCGUGGAACUACUUUGUCGUAUACUUUCGUUAAAUUUAAACAAUCGUUUGUCUUAACAGACAUUCUCCUUUGUAAGUUAUGAACCAAUGAAUUAAUAUAAUUACAUCAUCAUCUAUCCCAAUUGAGGAUCCAAUUUGUAUUUUAAUAAAAUCAUUCAUUGUUAAAAUGGAUGUACUCAGAUCAGAUUCAGCUAUGAUUUAUUAGGUUGAAGCAUCACCAAAUUAACUUGAUGCUCAUCCUUGUGCAAUUUGGAACUUGCUGAGUUCAAAACACCAGCAUAAAAAAAUACCACAAUGUGGUGUUUACUGUCUCAGUUCUUGCUGUUAUGUAAGUACUUUUAUUUUACCACAGUGCUCAUACAAUUUCUUUUAAUCUAUUUCUAAAAACUUCAAUUAGAAAGACAGUUUACAUUGUUACCUCUCGGUUGAAUGUUCUUCUGUACUUCUGACUUGAGUUGUAUUUUAUUGUGAAAGGUUGUGAGUUGAUGAAUGGAUUCAUUUACACUGUGCCUACAUAUUGCUCAGUAAACCAUAGUGUAUUAUGGUGGAGUUCAGUUUAUAUCUUAUCUCCAAACCCGUGCUAAUAUUCAAUAUGAUCCUUUGUGUGAUCUCAUCAAGAGUACAAAAGACUCAAAUUUUACUGACAAAAGAAGAAAAUGUCUUAGUAUCAAGAAUUGUUGCAAUUCUAAUAAAAUGUUCAUUUUACUGCCUUAUCCACACUCAUGAUUUAGUUUUGUAGGUCAAAAAGCUCAAAUUUAAUUUUUCAGACGACUUAUGUAUUCUGUACUUAUCCUUAAUUUGUCUGUCUGUCUCAUAUUUGUCUUUGUUUAUCUGAUAUCUACUUCUGAAGUUACAUUCCACAGUUUGAGCAGUAGUUAUUACAACUAUGUUGUGGUUGCAUAUUGUACUUUUUUUUCCUUAUCAGUUGCUUACAGUUGCUUACAAACUGAUGAGAGAUCCAAAUUUAAUCAACUUGUGCCUGACCUAUUUGGAAACUUGCUCAUCUGUUGUAAUGAAACUGAGUGUAGUCUGUCUGAGUUAGCUGCUAAAGCCCCAUUGUAUCAUGCAUUGUCUCUUUUUUUUCGUUUCUGAUGGGGAGGGAGUGUGCCAGCAGCAUGUUAUGUUUUAGUAUCUAAGACCAUGUAAGACAGUCUCCUUUGGAGAAAAUGCUCAUAGAUGACUCAUGUGCAGUGACAAAUGGUCACUAGUAAUGAUCUAACGUGAGGCUUUUAUUCCUAGUCCAACUCAAUCUCGAAAUAUCAUAAUCAUGGCACUGCUAAACUAUUUUAAGAUGAACUUCCGUUGAACUGAAGUUUAAAACAAGGAAAAACAAUCUAACCAAAAUUAUUCUAAAAUUCCUAUUUUUGAACAAACCUUAUAUAAAUUUAGAAUGACAGGGCUCAUAAAUCCAAAUGUAACAAAACCGAAUUUUCAGUAUUUUUUUAUUACUAGUUAUGUUGAGGUUUCCAGAUUUCUAGACAAUUCUUUCUUUUUCUAUCUCUUUUUUUUUUGGUAUCACAGGCUAGAACACAGAAGUGUUUUUGUUGGUGCGAUUUUAGGUUUAAAUAGGCUAUUGUACUGAAUCAGUUCACUUUUGGAGAGAAGUGUGUAGUUAAGUGUGUUCGCCAAUUUGGCUGUUUGUAGCCAAUCUAGACAUUUCUAUGUUAAGCAUCGGGACGCGAAAUAGCUAAUGACUAGUCUCAUGGCAAUGAUGUCAAGAGUUAUUGUUGCUCCAUGAAGCGAGCCUGUGGUUAGUUAAGUGUACGUGUGUUUAAAACAUAAACGUAGAAAAAAAAGUAAAUAAAUAAAAAAGAUGAGUGAUGCUUGAGA